AUGAAGCAAUCCAAACACAUUGAUACAAUUAUUAAUGAUACAAGUUCUGAAGAUAUCAUAAAUAGUAGACUACGAGUUAAAACUUCUUUUGAUGCUGCUCGCUGGCUUAUUAUUCAAGGAUGUGAAUUUAGAGGGAGUGGUGAAACUGAUGAGUCAUUAAAUCCGGGUAAUUUUCUCAAGUUAGUUAAACUUUUAGCAUCAUAUAAUGAAAAUGUUGCAAAUAUUGUUUUAGAAAAUGCUCCAAAAAUUGCCAAGUAUACUUCACCUAAAAUUCAAAAGCAGCUCCUAAACGUGAUUGCAAAUAAAGUGAGAAAUAAAAUUCGCAAAGAUAUUAGAGACUUUAAAUUUUAUCUUAUUGUCGAUGAAGCGCGUGAUGAAUCUAAACGAGAACAAAUGUCUCUUGUUUUGAGAUAUGUUGAUAAAGGUGGAUUUGGGGUGGAGCAUUUUUUUGAACUUGCACAUGUUAAAGAUAUAGCAGCAUUAACUCUUAAAAAUGAGAUACUGCUAUUCUUUCUCGUUAUAGUCUUAGUGUUCAAAAUAUUCGCGGUCAAGGAUAUGAUGGUGCAAGCAACAUGCGUGGUGAAUGGAAAGAAUUCUCAUCGCUUACAACUAGCACUUGUUGCUGCAUCUAGGGAGGUUCUGUCUGUUCAUGAAUUUUUUUCAAAUUCUGCUCAAGUUGAAGAAAUUGAAUAUUUGAAGACUAUUGAUGAACUUGAAAUAGGAGCAAGAGCUAACCGAAUUAGAACUUUGAAACGAGCCGGUGAUACUCGUUGGAGCUCUCAUUUUUCUUCUAUCUUUAGCUUUAUUCAAAUGUUUAACGCAAUUUGUUCAGUGCUUGAAAGAAUUUCAAAAGACGGUAGCACUUAUUCUCAACGGGGAGAUGCUAAUACAACUUAUAAAGGAUUACAUCUUUUGAAUUCAUAUUUAUUUUGCAUUUGGUGA